UUCAAACAAGUUACGCGCAAUGUCUGGUCGCACACGAUUAUUCCACGAGGCGAAAACGGUGGAAGCAUUGUUCUACUGGACGUAGAAGGCUUUAAUUUAGGUGACGAUACAGUAACGAAGCAUCUCAGUAUGUUUACGGCAAUGAUGUCGUCUUGUUUGAACCUUUUUGCCAGUGAUUAUCUGGGAAACAAAGAUAAAGAAUUCCUUUAUGAAAUAUCCCGCUCCAGUGACCUAGUAUUCAACCCAAACAAAACCAACCUUCGAAACUUUCCCAAGCUGCAUAUUGUGGUCCGAGGAAAUUUGAAAUCUCCUAACGAGCUCGAAAGUUACGUGCGUGAUGAACUUUUUGGAUCGGAUCAAAAUAACGGUUUGACCCAGAGUAUGGCAGAUAUAAUUGAAAGGUACUUUCCAAGGGACAGAAUUUUAGUUAGCCAAAUUCCAACUGUAAGCGACCCGGAAAUUCUGCAAGAUCUUGCGAAAAUGCGCAAAAGUUCACACUGGGACAGUUUCGACAAGCUCAUUGAUAAAUCUGUUAAGGAGUGUCCUGUGAAGCAGACCAUUGGAGGAAGCAAAGUUGACGGUCCAGCCUUUGUAGAACUUGCGACGAAAGCUGUGAGAUCCAUAAAUGAAAACUCGUGGAAAGACUUCGGAGAUGUCUUUUCGAGCAUUGAAAAGGACAUAUGUACGAGAAGUUACAUUGAACACAUAAAGCCAGUUUUACAGCUCAAUUCAGGAGGGAUUGGAGACAGGAUGAUAACAGCAAAGGAAAAAUUCGAAAAGGAAUGCUUGCUUACAAGUGAGAUAGAUAGAGUCACCGAUAUAUUAACGAAGACACUUAAAGAAAAAAGUCAACAAGAAGCAGAGAAAAGGAGAGAGGAGGAAGAAAAAGAAAGGACGGAAAAGGAGGAGCAAAGAAGAAGAAAAGAAGAAGAAGAGAAAAGCUGGUAUUCUUUUGAAAAUAUAAAAUAUUUUGGUGGCCAUGCAGCCACCUUGCUUGUUGGGUACUUCCUAAGCGAUAAAAAUCUUAAAAGUAACGUCACGGUUUUGCCUUCCUCCCCGUACAACGACAUUGGACUUACUGGUGUCUGCUGGAAAUGGAAUGACAUCGCACAACAGAAGUUCGGACUCACAGGGGAGGCCUGCGGAGUGAUUGCACAGCAAGUUCAAAAGCUGUAUCCCAAGGCUGUUUUAGUGGGAGAAGAUGGCUUCCUGCAAGUGCGAUAUGGAAUACUCCAUGAGAUUAUCAGUAACCACGUUAGAAACCAGAGCUGUUAGAUCAUACACGUUCAAAGGAAACCUAGUACAGCACAGAUACUUUUUAUACGACAAAGUGACAUAAAGGAACUCAGUCAGACGUUCAAUAUUGUUGACUUUGCCUGCGAAACGAUUAGUGCUGCUGAAUUUCAGCUCAUUGAAGUUGAGUCUGGUUUUGAGUUAGGAGGUUAGGACUGUAAACAUAAUUUUUUCGGCCGAUUACCGGUGGGUGUAUGAUUUGUUGUUUCCUUUUUUUACUAAACAGUGCUGAAGUACCAGCACCUUUAUGUGCCAAGCCAUGCAUGCGUUGUCAAUAAAUGUAUUCUAUCAAAAUAAUGCCUCAUCUUUAGUUUAACCAGAAUUACUGGAUACCUUAAUUUGUUACAAAGUUAUUGUCUUGCUCUAAAAGAGAAAAGAACGACAUUAACUUCAUUUUCCCUGAUUCUCUAAGACAAUAGUAAUUUAUUUAUUUAUUUAUUACACCAAAAAAACACAAAACAAUACAAGUAAAUGUCAAAUUUACAGAAAUUAUUAUUAUUUACUAUCACUGCAUAUUUUAUUCAAAAAAAAGAAGAAAGAAGAAAAAAUAUUACUGAAAAUUUAGCGAUAAUAAUACUAAAACAAUAAAACAAAAACUACAGCAACAACAAGAAAACUUAUACACACGCGGCAAAUGCAUACUAAAGGAGAUGUUGAAAGGUGAGGUGUCGUGCUAUUAUUGUUUCCAAAAGCUAUUUCUUUCUGAAUGCUCAACUUUUAACGAAGAAGUAUGAGACAACUGUCAAAAGAGAUCUCCGUUUUCCUCCUGUAGGCAUCUUCAGUAUAUUGAGAAUUUUGCAAUUGAUUAGGAGUGCGUACUUUAGUGAAUAUCUGUGUUGUGUAUUAUUGAAAACCCCAUACAGAAUCAUACUGUCUGAUAAUGUCAAGGUUUGCCCAGUUUUAUUGGUCUACCAAAUUUAAAAAUGUUCUCCGAAAGGCAACGACAGAGGAGCAGCUGAGCGCAAUAAUAUGUGAUCUAAAGAGUUUGUAGAUAAUAGUAAUUGUGCUAGAACAAUCGUGAGAACUUCCUUUCCGUAAAUUGGGAAAAUCUGUAUCAUUUAGUUAAUCAACGACGAAUGAAUCAAAACAUUCCCUCCUCCUAUCCUCUCUUGAUCUCGCUUAAUGUCAAUUUUAAAGUAAGGAUAGGUUAACGAUGACAAAGAAGUCAAAGAACUAAACUGCAAAAAACCGUGGACGAAGAUCCCAAGGGUUGUCUAAGUUGGAUCUUACGAUAAGAUCUAAUCAUGAUGAAACUUCUAACAUUUGAUUACUUGAAUUCUUUCCGUCAUUACGACAUUUUCGCUAAAACCCGUCGAAGUAGAAUUGUAGCUAAAAAUAUUUAAUAAUAAUAAUAAUAAUAAUAAUAAUAAUAAUAAUAAUAAUAAUCCAUUUAUAUAGCGCCUUUUCUACAAGAUUCAAAGGCGCUGUUUACAAAAAUUAGAUAAAACUAAAAAGUAAAAAUAAUCACAAGAAUUGACAUUAAAACUAGACGCUAACUACAAAAUAGAUAAAUGUACACAAUAGAUAAAAAAUCAGAUAACAAAUGAAAACAUCACGAUUCAUAAGCUCGCAUAAAGAGAAAUGUUUUAAGUUUGCGUUUAAAAUCAUCAAUUGAGUUUGCAGAUUUAAUAUCCUCAGAUAAGUUAUUCCAAAGUUCCGGAGCAACAACAGAAAAAGCUCGUUUACCAUACUAUAUUUCUAUUAGAGGAUCUAAGAUUGCGGCUGGGUGUAUACAAUUGAAGGAGUUCCUGUAUAUAGAUUGGAGCUCGAUCAUGUAGUACUUUGUAAGUAAUUAACAUAAUUUUAAAUUCAAUACGAAAGGAGACAGGGAGCCAGUGAAGAUCCCUCAGGACUGGAGUAAUAUGGCAAAAUCUUGGACACUGGUUGACAAGGCGAGCGGCAGAAUUUUAAACAUGUUGAAGCUUCCGAAUAAGAUAGGAUGGUAGGCCGUACAAUAAAGAAUUACAAUAAUCAAGUUUAGAAACUACGAAGGCAUGAAUAAUGAUCUUUGUAGCAUCAUAAUAUUUUCGUAUGAAACGAAUGUUACGUAGAUGGAAAAAGGACGAUUGACAGACUGCAUUGACAUGAGGUACCAUACAAAAGGACUGAUCAAAGAUACUCCAAUAUUGCGUGCACUGGGGGAGCAGGAUACAGCUAAAGCUAAAAACGACAAGUCCAAAGUGGUCUACUGCAAAGCUGAUAACAACGUGUAUUUUAAACUUCUAGGGGUCAUUGUUGAAAAGCAUAACGUUUUUUUAUAGGUGAAUCAUAAAAUAUCACCAGUGAAUAAGAAAGGUUUCAGCGGGUUGAGUCAGUCAACAUUAUUCAAUUUAUAUAUAUGAUAUGUGAUGUGAUGAGUCUAUCACUAAUUCACUAAAGUGUGAAACAAAUUCCAUGUUUCUGAUGUUUUCCAAAGCUGUCGACGACGUCGAACCUCACGUAAGCGACCACCCAAAAUGCAAAGAUUUAAUGGUGGUCUCUUAUGAGAACAAGGGGUAUUUUUCGAGCAGAGGUCCUGGUAUUACAAUAUAAUUUUUGCAAGAUAAUUUAGUACAUGCAAUUUCUAAGUUACGAUAUAUGUUUUCCUUUUGUCACUCAAAGUCCGUCGUAUCCUUUGACGGGUAAGCGAACUACAUAGAUUAGUCGAGAGCAGACCGUGAGUUAAGGGGUCGCUUACAAAAGCUUGAAAACAACGGAAAAUUAUAAAAAUGUAUCCCCCAAAAGUGGUCGCGGUCACUUACAAGAGGUGCUCGUUUACGAGAGGUUUCAUCUGUAAGGCUUUGACUGAAAAGUUUUUGGUUUUUUGGAUCGAUGGUCUCUCGAGGACAUGGAUUCGACUGUAGGCCAUAUUUCCCAUGAUUCACUGAAUAUUUCCUCUUUUUCUGCGAAAACUGCCGUUGUCUUCCGGUUUUUCCAAAGUAUAGGAAGUACAAUUUCCCCACCAUCUAAGGUCGCAUUCUCAUGCAGCUUGUAAAUUACAUACAGUACAUCAAAAGACGAUGAACAUGCUUCUUCUAGUCGUCCUGGGGACAAUUUUUGCAGCAACUUUUACCUCAGCUGUUCACGAUGCGAAGGUGUUUCUCAAGGUGACAGACAACAAAACCUACGAGCUCGUCGAAGAUGUUUUGAAAGAAAUGUCAAAUCUCAAGCGCCCGAUUCGAGUCUUAGCCGCCGUUGGUAAUGCAAGGGUUGGAAAAUCUACCACGUUAAACCUCAUUAGUCACGUCUUAGGUAGAAGGAAGAAAGAAGGAAAUUCUGUUGAAGAGAUUUUUAAAACAGGUGAUUCAGCCGAACAAGUAACGCGAAAUGUAUGGGCACAUACGAUUCAUCCACGGGGCAAAAACGUUGGAGGCAUUGUUCUUCUGGACGUAGAGGGUUUUGAUUUAGGCGACGAUGAAGUUACAAAGCAUCUUAGUAUGUUUACAGCAAUGAUGUCGUCUUGUUUGACCCUGUUUGCCAAUGAUUAUUUGGGAAACAACGACAGAAACUUUCUUUAUUACAUAUCCCGCUUAAGUGACUUGGUAUUCCGAAACCGCAAAGCUGACCUGGGAAAUUUUCCGGAGCUUCAUAUUGUCAUACGAGGCAAUCUGAAAUAUCCCGAAGAUAUCGAAAGUUAUAUUCGUAAUAAAUUCUUUCAGCCAAACCAUGACAAGAAUAUCCAAGGUAUGGUAGAUGCUAUUGAAAGAUACUUUAAAAGGGAUAGCAUUACAGUUAGCCAAAUUCCAGAUAUCAACGAACCUGAGAUGUUGCAAGACACUGCCAAAUUACGCAACAUUUCCGCUUUUUGGAACAGUUUCGAAAAAUUAAUGGCAAAAUUGGAGAAGUGUCCCGAGAAGAAAUUUGCCAUUGGAGGAAGCCCAAUGGACGGUCAAGCCGUAGUGCAACUUGCUAAAGACGUCGUGAAAGCUAUGAACGAAAAUUCGUGGGCAGAAUUCGGAGAUGUUUAUUUAAAUAAUGAAAUGGGCAUCUGUAAAAGAAGCUACGAAAAAUACUUGAGACCAGUUUUACAGUUUGAUUCGAAAGGAAUUGUAGACUAUAUGAUGGAAGCAAUAGAAAAAUUCAAAACUGAUUGCAAUCUUGAAAGUGAGAUAGAGAGUGCCAAGGAAGAAUUAAAGAAGACCCUCAAUGAAAAAAGAAAACGAGAAGAAGAGAGAAGGAAACAGGAGGAAGUAGAAGAAAGAAGAAGAAAAGAAGAGGAAGAGAGAAGAAAAGAAAAGGAAGAGCGAAGAAAAAAGGAAAAGUGGGACUCUUAUGGCUGGUAUUUAGCUGGCUUGUUAGGCGGGUACUUGGCCUUCUUUAGCGAUGAAAAUCUAAAAAGUAACGUGAUGGUUCUGCCUUACUCCAUUUACAACGAUAUUGGACUUAAUGGAGUCUGCUGGAAAUGGAAUGACAACGCACAGCAAAAGUUCGGUCUCACAGGGGAGGCCUGCGGAGUGAUUGCACAGCAAGUUCAAAAGCUGUAUCCAAAGGCUGUUUUACUGGGAGAAGAUGGCUUCCUUCAAGUGCGAUAUGGAAUACUUCAUACGAUGAUUAACCACGUUAGAGACAAGCGCUGUUAG